GCACAUCCAUCAAUCCUGUUAUUUUUCUCCUCGUGGUCGCGACUCGCGAGCACUGCCGUGCCGAGCCGGAGCUCGGCAGCUGCCCGCCGCGGUGCGCCGGUGCCGCCCCCCACGCAGCAAAAGCCGUCAUCCCGUACGCGGUAGGCCGCGACACGCACGGCAAACAGCGGCCCUCACUCUCCCUCGGUCCCUCGUCUCCACCUUCGCUCGCGCGCCGGCGCCGCUCACACCCGAUUUCCACCUCACAAAACCCACACGGAACCCCGGCACCCCUCCACUCCACCAGGCGCCAGCGUCGUCAUGGCGGUAGCCUCGACGUCGCCCCUUUCCGCCAAGCCCACCACGGCCACCUCGCCGCCCACUCCCGCAUUCGGCUUCCUCGCUCCCCGCUCCCGCCGCGGCCGCGCCACCGCGUGGAGGAGUCUCCUCGUGGAGGCGAUCCGGACGCAGCGGGAGAAACAGGGGACGGAGGGGCACUUCGAGGAGUCCGCCGCCGCGCCCCUGGACGGAGUCGGAGUCGGAGCCGAUGACCCCGUGGUUCCCUCCUCGGACGCGAGCGACUGGGUGGUCAAGCUCGAGCAGUCCUUCAACAUUUUCGCCACGGAUUCGGUGAUAAUGGUACUCAAGGGCGUGUACCGUGAUCGGUACUACGCCAGGUUCUUUGCGCUGGAGACGAUUGCCAGGGUGCCGUAUUUCGCGUUCAUAUCGGUGCUUCACAUGUAUUCGACCUUUGGCUGGUGGAGACGAGCUGAUUAUAUAAAGGUUCACUUUGCGCAAAGCUGGAACGAGUUCCAUCACCUCUUGAUCAUGGAAGAAUUGGGUGGCAACUCUUUAUGGAUUGACUGUUUCCUUGCUCGGUUUAUGGCGUUUUUUUACUACUUCGUGACUGUUGCGAUGUACAUGCUGAGCCCAAGAAUGGCAUAUCACUUUUCUGAAUGUGUGGAGAGACAUGCAUAUUCCACCUAUGACGAGUUCCUCAAGCUCCAUGAAGAGGAAUUGAAAAGACUACCAGCUCCAGAGGCAGCAUUAGAAUAUUACCUGAAUGAGGACCUUUACUUAUUCGAUGAGUUUCAGGCAUCAAGAAGUCCAGGUUCUAGGAGGCCUAAAAUAGAUAACUUAUAUGAUGUAUUUGUCAAUAUACGAGAUGACGAGGCAGAACACUGCAAGACAAUGAAGACCUGUCAAACACACGGAAAUCUUCGUUCUCCUCACUCAACGCAGAACUGCUUAGAAGCUGAUACGGAAUGUGUAAUACCUGAAAACGAUUGUGAAGGUAUUGUGGACUGUGUCAAAAAGUCCCUUACAAAGUAAAUAGACUAUAUUCUUUCGUGUGUUUCCAGGCGUCAUAGUAUACAAAGUACAAAAUUUUUAUGAUAUCCUCUUUUUUCCUAUGUACCUUUUUAAGUAAAAUCUGGGUCAUAUGUAAGAGAAGCCAGUUUAGAACUUUAGAUACAAUUAUGCAACAAAAUCAAAUAUCUA